ACCAUGUGAAACUCUCUUUGUGUAUGUCCCAUACUUUUAAUGGUUCCAGGGUGGUUGUCAGUCCAUCAAUAUAUUUACACAUCCAGAGAUAGAACAAACUUUUCAAAUCACCAAGUAGCUAAAGCAAUCCAAACCUUGAAUCUGAGUGUCUAACCAUUUUUCAAAAGCUUCAAAUUUCAAUUUUCCAGACACAAGAAAUGGCUUUGCUCAGAGGUCUCUUGGGUGCAAAGAGGAUUAUUGGCCUUUCUGUAGCAGCUACAAGCAAAAAGACAGUUUCAGUGCCAAAGGGGUUUCUUGCGGUGUACGUUGGUGAAGACCAGGUCCAGAAGAAGAGAUAUUUGGUGCCAGUCUCAUAUCUAAGCCAGCCUUCUUUUCAAGCUCUACUCGGUAAAUCUGAAGAAGAGUUUGGAUUUGCUCAUCCAAUGGGUGGUUUAACGAUUCCUUGUCCUGAAGAUACCUUCAUCAAUGUGACAUCCCGGUUUCAAUAAUGAUGUUCCAGAAAAAGAAAAAAACUCACAUUAUAGUUAGAGAUAGAAUUAUUCAAUGUAAACAUGUUAACUUUUUUCCUCUUUCUUGGUUGAAGAGAGUUAUUCAAGAGGUUAAAUGUGUAUCCCAUAUUUCUUUGUGAGGAUAAUGGUUUUUAAUUAUACAAAUUGCAACAUGUUUUCUAA